AUGGGAGGAGAUGUGUGUCAACUGUGUCUCCAGCUGUGCAUUGCUUCUGUGCUGCUCUUUGGUGGAGGAAGAGGGAGAGAGCUCCAGGGCAGCCUGAGCUGCCUGAAUAACUAUGUGACUACUGUGAGUUGCAUGUGGGAAACGGAGGAGCCCAUGGGAGAAGGACCUUUCCACCUGCAUUUCACCAACCUCUGGUCAAAGGGCCACAACGCCAGCUGCAGACUUACUGCCAGAGAAAGCAUGCAGAACCAGUACCACUGCACCAUCCAUUUAGCCAGCCAGAUCUUGGAAACAGAUGGUUAUAGAGUUGCUCUCCAAGGCAACUUCUUUGGACGCAAUCACACGUACAUCAUCUUUCCAGAGUACAAUCCCCGUGAGCACAUAAAACUUGACCCCCCUUUGAACAUCCAGAGCAAUGCCACUGCCAGCAAGUGUCAGAUAUGGUGGAGUGUGCCUUGGUACCUCGUCGAAAUUCUUCAAUAUGAGUUGCAGUAUAAGGAGUACAGCACGUCCUGGGAGAUUGCACUGAACAAGACACCCCCCAGUUCACUGCCCCAGGUUGAAAUUGAAGCCGCCGAGCUCCGCAAUGGUGUCACUUACGCUGCACGAGUUCGGUGCAAGGUUUCUGAGAAUGAGGAUUCAUACCAUAGUCAGUGGAGCGAGUGGAGCCAGACAACAGUGUUUCAAAGAGCAGAACUGCCUGAAAAGAUCCUAAAUACCAGAAUGAUGCAGUUCUUGUUCAUUCCUCUGAGUUUCGGCAUGCUGCUCUAUUUAUUUUGGAACUGCAAGCUUUCUUCAAGGGCAAAAGACCUCUCCUGCUUCAACAUUCCCACACCAGCUGCUUUCUUUCAGCCUCUCUAUAAUUUGCACAAUGGGAAUUUUAAGUAUGAUGCUGUUCCAAUCCAGUCUAGUGUGGUGUUAUGCUCCUGUUCAUCCCCAUCAAUGGUGAGGAACCAAGCAGAUUCCAGCACUCCAUCUGUCAUUUCCACCUGUGGCAGCAGACAGGGAUCUAACAUGGAGAGCACUGCAGCUGAAUCCAGAUCCAGUUCAAAUUCCUUGCAGCAACAUACAGGACAGCAGCCUCCACAGCCUCGAAAGAAACGACCUGAUGACUUCAAAUUUGGGAAAAUUCUGGGUGAAGGAUCUUUUUCAACGGUUGUCUUGGCUCGAGAACUGUCGAGUUCUAGGGAAUAUGCCAUUAAAAUUCUAGAGAAACGUCAUAUCAUAAAAGAAAACAAGGUGCCAUAUGUGACACGGGAGAGAGACGUAAUGUCCCGCCUGGAUCACCCUUUUUUUGUGAAACUCUACUUCACCUUUCAGGAUGAUGAAAAGCUGUAUUUUGGGCUUAGCUAUGCCAAAAAUGGAGAGCUGCUAAAGUAUAUACGCAAAAUUGGCUCAUUUGACGAGACCUGCACCAGGUUCUAUACUGCUGAAAUUGUAUCAGCUCUGGAGUAUUUGCAUGGGAAAGGAAUAAUUCACAGGGACCUCAAGCCGGAGAACAUCUUGCUAAAUGAAGAUAUGCACAUUCAAAUAACAGACUUUGGAACAGCAAAAGUGUUAUCUGCAGAUAGCAGACAAGCACGGGCAAACUCAUUUGUAGGGACGGCACAGUAUGUUUCUCCAGAACUGCUGACAGAGAAAUCUGCCUGCAAAAGCUCUGACCUCUGGGCUCUGGGAUGUAUAAUAUAUCAGCUUGUAGCUGGAUUGCCUCCGUUUAGAGCUGGAAAUGAGUAUCUUAUAUUCCAGAAGAUAAUAAAGUUGGAAUAUGACUUUCCAGAAAAAUUUUUUCCCAAGGCAAAAGACCUUGUUGAAAAGCUAUUGGUUCUAGAUGCCACCAACAGAUUAGGUUGUGAAGAAAUGGGAGGAUACGGACCUCUUAAGGAUCAUCCUUUCUUUGAAUCUAUUGUGUGGGAGAACCUGCAUCUUCAGACACCCCCAAAACUUACAGCGUAUUUACCUGCUAUGUCAGAGGAUGAUGAAGACUGUUAUGGAAAUUAUGACAAUCUCCUGAGUCAGUUUGGUUGCAUGCAAGUUUCUGGUUCUGCCUCUUCCCAUUCACUGUCUGUCCCAGAGACAAGUACACCACAGACGUCAGGAGGAAAUAUUGAACAGUACAUUCAUGAUCUUGACAACAAUUCCUUUGAGCUGGACUUACAGUUUUCUGAAGAUGAAAAGAGGUUACUUCUAGCAAAACAAGCUGGUGGAAAUCCUUGGCAUCAGUUUGUAGAAAAUAACUUAAUCCUAAAAAUGGGUCCAGUGGACAAACGAAAGGGAUUGUUUGCACGUCGGCGCCAGUUGCUGCUCACAGAAGGGCCCCAUCUGUAUUAUGUGGAUCCUGUCAACAAGGUUCUAAAAGGAGAAAUUCCAUGGUCUUUAGAGUUGCGGCCAGAAGCUAAGAAUUUUAAGACCUUUUUUGUUCACACGCCAAACAGGACGUACUACCUGAUGGACCCAAGUGGGAAUGCUCAUAAAUGGUGCAAAAAGAUACAUGAAGUUUGGCGGCACAGAUACCACCAGAAUGCUGCUAAAUAGUAAAGCUUAUCCAAAACUUCCCAGUUUCCCUACUUGCUGCUAGAACUCCAUGUGCAGCCGAUCAGAGGAAUCUUUUCAACCCACCUAUUACCAUCUCAAGGGGAAGCAUAUGUCUGAAAUGUUCUGCUUU